CAGUACCGGCAAUCUAACAGCAUUACUUGCGAAACGUUUACAGCACUGAGACAAAGCUGGGAAAUCUCUUUUACGUUCCCCGCAAUGGAAACAAACAUUUGCUUCAACAGAGAAGUUAAUUUGCAUUUGAUAUUUGGAAUGUUAUACUUCCUUGCUUCUCUAACAGCGUCGAUUGGAAAUGGGUUCAUGCUCUACAUCGCAAGAAGAGAUCCACUGAAACUUUUUAACAAACCCACAAACGUACUCAACGUUUCUAUUGGGUUAAACCAUCUUUUCGCAGGUAUUUUUGUCCUCCCACUCCUUGGAAUCAACAGCGUUUUGCGGAGUCAGGAGUUAGUGAAUGAAGUAGCUGAGCAGUUCCAAGAUGUCUUGAUUCAUUUUGUUGUCACAACUUCCUCUUUGUUGCUUCUGGUUCUUUUUUUUGAGCGUUACACAGCAUUUGUGUAUCCUCUUCUGAAUCGUAGACACGCUACAAUUGAACGAGUGAACCGAAUUUGCUCCCUAGUGGCUGCAACCUGUUUUGUCUUCUCCUGUAUUUUGUUCACUGGCGUCUCCAAAAAUAUAUUUUACGUCAUAACUCUUUCCGUAUUCAUACUGUUACCUUGCAUGGGAAUGAAAGUUAUGUUGGCAAUCAGCUUUUGCUUGUUAAGGCGUCGAACCCGGGUUGCCCAAGACAUCACACAUGAUUCACAGAUACGUGUUAUGAACCCAAACAAGUCAAAACGAAAUUUACAACUGCGGCAGUACUUGAAAGCAGCAACGAAAGGAACAGUUGCGGCAGUACUGCCCAUGGUCUUUUACUGUCUCGUAAAGAUUUUAGGUUAUACUAAAAUAGAAUUUUCCACAACAUCAUGUUACGACCUUCUAGAACACAUGUCAUUUGCAGCUGUUUUUUUAUCAACAGUAAUGAAUCCUGUCGUUGUUUUCCUUAAAAUUCCCGUGUAUAAGCGUUCAAUGAGGCAUCUUUGGGAUCGAAGAAAAAAAGGCCUUCGUUAGGAAGUUAACUAUCAGACAUUUAGUUUCACCGAACGCGAUAAAGAUAGCUAAGAUUACCAUAUUAUUGGAGAAGGGGUGAGCUGGUUCGAGAGGGAAGUAUGGUUAUGAUAGGUGGGAGGGGGGAUCAGAACUCCCCGGUACCCCCGGUUCCCCCCCCUCUCCUCCUUGAUCUGCCGCUGGGAACAAAGAGACUGUAGCAAAACCGACUACGUAGAUGGAAUGUCAGUCUGCCAGCACACUUGAGAUAUCAAUGUAUUUAUUUUGGAUAAAGCGU